CAUCAUGACUCUGUGGCCGCAAGCUUUCAACCCACAGAAGGUGCUUCUUGAAGCAGUGGAGGAUUCCUGAAUUUCAGUACAUGGAUGCCACUUAAUUUUGCUUCACCAAGUGCAGUGCUGGAAUGGGAAAUCAUAGCAACAACCAUACCUGCAUGAUUGAUGAUUCCUUCAAGUACAACCUCUAUGGAGCUGUCUACAGUGUGGUCUUCAUCCUUGGCUUAAUCACCAACUGUGCCUCGUUGUUUGUCUUCUGGUUCCGCAUCAAAAUGCGGAGCGAGACAACCAUUUUCAUGACCAACCUGGCAGUCUCGGACUUGCUCUUUGUGUUCACUCUCCCGUUCAAGAUCUUCUACAAUUUCAACAGGAACUGGCCCUUUGGAGACCCUCUGUGCAAGAUCUCAGGAACAGCCUUCUUGACCAACAUCUACGGAAGUAUGCUGUUCCUCACCUGCAUCAGUGUGGACCGCUUCCUCGCUAUUGUCUACCCUUUCCGGUCUCGUUUGGUCAGGACAAGACGUAAUUCAGCAAUUGUGUGUGCAGGAGUAUGGGUUUUAGUACUCAGUGGAGGGAUCCUGGCAUCCUUGUUUUCCACAACUAAUACCACCAAUGGCAUAACAACAUGUUUUGAAGGGUUUCCCAAAGACGUAUGGAAGACCUACUUAUCCAAGAUUACAAUAUUUAUUGAAGUGGUUGGCUUCAUCAUUCCCCUUCUGCUCAACCUUACAUGUUCAUCGCUGCUUCUGAGGACCCUCAGGAAGCCAGCCACCCUCUCCCAGAUUGGCACAAACAAAGAAAAAGUGCUCAAGAUGAUAGUUGUGCAUGUCACCAUCUUUGUGGUGUGCUUUGUCCCCUACAAUUCCAUCCUUUUCCUUUAUGCCCUUGUACGUUCUCAAGCCGUAGCCAACUGUUCUCUGGAGACAUUCGCCAAAACCUUCUACCCAAUCACCCUGUGUAUUGCCACUCUCAACUGUUGCUUUGAUCCUUUCGUCUACUACUUCACUUCAGAGUCCUUCCAGAAAUCGUUCUAUGUCAUUCCUCAUCUCAAAACAGACUCCCUUUUCAAAACCGAAACCCCUCUAACAAAAGUUCCCCUGCCACCGAUACAGGAGGAGAUGAGUGACCAGACUAUUACGAAUGGGGGAGACCUGACCUGUGAAUCCAAUUUUUAACCCCGAAGCUUUCUGCACUAACAAUAGGAUAGGCACUGAACUGCAGAGAACUUGGUAUUAACCCAGUAGGUGGGACUUAUGUAGAACGUAUAUAUGUAUGGAAAGUCAAGCAGACGCUCUUCCUUCUGAAAACACAUCCUCAUGUUUUAACUCCAGUAACGUUGCCUGUAUGUACAUUUUGGCUUUUGAAGCAUCCGAAAAAUAAAACAU